AUGGACGCCAGAGGGCCAGAAACUGCUGCUCAACUAAGAUUUUGGCUGUGGAAAUGUGUUAAUGAUCACCCGAAGUGCAGAAUGGCGCUGUCUGGUAAAAGAUUUGGCAUGCAUUCCCACACCUCAUCCUUGGAUCAGACCAAGUUACCCUCCCGGAUACUCGACGUUGGUUCUGCCGAUUCAAGUGUUGUCAGACUUGUCAAAACCACAACAGAAACUCCCAGCGGUUCCUACGUUGCACUCAGCCAUUGUUGGGGCCCCCCAGACAAACAGCCGCUCAAAACCACGUGUGAUACAUUGGAGGAUUACAUACGCCACGGUAUCCCACUGGCUUGCCUGCCUCAGACAUUUGCGGACGCGGUUUGGGUGACCAGGGUGUUGGGAAUCCGCUAUCUAUGGAUCGAUUCUCUGUGCAUCAUCCAAGACAGUCUGUCGGACUGGGAAGUAGAGUCGCAAAAAAUGGGCCCAAUCUAUGAAGGAGCGACACUCACAUUGGGAGCUGCGUAUGCCCGCGAUUCUUCCGAAGGGUUGUUC